AUGGACGCUUGGGUUCGUUUGCGUGAUAUAUUCCAAGAUCAUCAAAACUCUCGUGCGGUGACUCUCGAACAAGAAUUCACGACGACUCGUAUAGAGGAUUUUCCGAAUGCCUCCUCCUAUUGUCAACGUCUAAAGAGCCUUGCGGAUCAAAUGAAGAACGUUGGGGCUCCCGUGACGAAUAGCUGCCUUGUCCUUCAACUGGUUUCGGGUCUCACUGAAGCGUAUAAAGGGGUUGGGACACCAAUUCGCCAUGCUAAGCCUCUCCCCCUAUUCACAGAGGCUCGGUCUUCCCUUGUUUUGGAAGAACAUGAACUUGCAUCCAUGGUGUCUCACGGGUCUGGUUCGGCUAUGGUAGCCGUGGUCGACGACGCUGCACUUCAAUCUGAAAACACAAGCUCACACCGAGUGAAAAACAAAAAUUCCCACCGCCACAAUUCUGGGACUGGCCGUAAAGCGGGUUCUGGCCAUGGCUCAGGCGGCGGUAAAAACAACUCUGGCGGACGCGGUGGUUCAGGCCGUAGCAGUGGUGGUGCACAGCCAGCGAGCUCCUCUUCGCAGCAGUGGCAUGCCAGACAACUUGGUCACUGGCAGUGGGGCAGUGUAACUGAAUCAGAAGCUGAUAAAGAGUGA